AUUCUGUUUUUCAUUUCUUCACCGAGCUUUAAACACUCUAAGUAAUUGUUACUUUAAAGUACAUAAUGACUGAAGAAAGUGAUGAUACUUACCAAUGCCAAAUAAAAGAGACUUUGGAGAAUGAAUUAGAUUUCGGGAAAUUGAAAAAACUCUCAAAAGUAACAGGAGGAAUUGUAAAUAAAGCGAAUUUAUAUGAAACUCAGGAUGGUAAGAAAAUUUUCGUCAAGUAUUCCUCCAGAGACAAUGUAAGUAUAUUUCUGAAUAUACUAAAGUUUCAGUUAGUUUUCUGUUGUUAAUUAGAUUCAUUUCAACUGAAAAUUAUUUCAGGCAUUGGACAUGUUUGAAUCAGAAUUUCAAAGUAUAAUUGAUAUAAGAUCAACGAAAGCCAUUCAAGUUCCUAAUCCAAUAAAGGUUCUAAAGCAUCCGGACAGAGGUGCAAUGUUUGCAGUAGAUUGGAUUGAAAAUUUAAAACCAGUUGAAAAAUUAUGGUCCAAACUGGGUGAACAAGUUGCAGAUCUACACCUCGAUAAUCCAAAAAAGUUAAUGAAAGAACGUAAGGAGGCCAACGUUGUUGGCAAAUAUGAAAAAUCAAUUGCAGUUAGUAAAUUCGGAUAUAAUUAUUCAUCUUACAUGGGUCCAACUUUCAAGAUUGAAGCGAACCGUUGGUUCGAUGAUUGGGAGACUUGUUUUUGUCAAACUUGGUUGAAAGCUCAAUUUGAUGAAGUUGAGAAAAAGUUUGGUAAUAGGGAAUUAAUUGAAAAAUGGAGUUUACUGGAAAGAAAGUUACCUGAAUUUUUUAAAGAUGCCUUCUUCUGGCCGUCUCUGAACCAUGGAGAUUUGUGUUCGAUUAAUAUAGGAGAAGUAAACGAAGAUAUUGUUAUAUACGAUCCUAUGUGUUCGUACUCUCCUCUGGAGGCUGACCACACAAUCAUUCAACUAGAGAAUAAUUUUGGUAAAGAGUUCCAUGAAGUAUAUUGGAAAAAAGUUAAUAAUUAUGUUUCAAACGAGAAGUUAAAGUUAAGAAUGGAGCUAUAUAAAAUAUUUGCGCUUUUAUUAUGCAGUGUAGCAGAAAAUGAUAAAACAUUGAUCAAACAAGCUAUUGAAAUAAUAAAUUCAAUCAUUCUUGAAUGAUUUCCAGAUUAAUAGAAAAAAAAACCCAAUAAAGAAAUAAGAAAAAACGAAAAUAAAAAAAGAUUUUAAGUGUUGUAACAGGAUUUUUGAAUAACUACAGCACGAAUUAUUAAUUUACAUUCAUGAUUGAAAACAUGAAUGGUUUCAAUAUUAUAUACUAGAAGUAAAUAUAGCAGAAUUCUAGAAGUUAUUUAGUCUACUGUAUCAUAUGAUUUAUCAAUUUUUUCCGAUUUCUUAAAAUUUUCAUCAAGAAUUAGAUACUUUCUAUCUGCAAGCCACUUUAAUUUUUCCGUUUCUGAUAAUCUUAAUUGGGAUGCGUCUAUUUUACAUAGUUUUUUGUGUAAUUCUGAUAAUUCCUGUUUUAGUGUAACUUCACGUUUCCGAGCAAUGUCCGUUUCUCUCUUCUCUGCUUCGAAAUCUUCUAACGCUUGUUUUAAUUGAAGUUUUGUUAAAUCAUCAUCUUUUUCAUUUUCCUUAGACAAGAGUUUUGAGAGUUUCUGUAAAAGAAUUGAACUGCAUUCAAGCCAUUCAUUUUUAUUUCUUUCUUUCUGCUUUAUUGUGUCUUGCAAUUUUUUAAUAUAAGAUGGGAUAGGAACCUCUAUCGCUGCACCUACUACAAAUUCAUCUUCAGUUUCCAUACACAAAUCAUAAUCGCUCUCUAUAUCUUCUUCAUCUUCGAAAAUAUUUAGGGUAGAACAGUUAUUUUUAGGUUUGACAAAUUCAUCGUCGUCCGUUAAACCAUCUUCUAUUGUCAUAGAAUUUUUCUUUAAUAUUUGUUCCAAAACGCUGAUAACUUUGUUUUGCUCAUCAACUUUUUCUUGGAGACGAUCUAGGUUCCUACUUUCACCACCUUGGGACACAGUACUAUCCAUAACGAAAAAAUGAACCCAACGAAAUAUAUCAAAUUUUAGUAUACUAUCGAAAAAUAUGAAUGACUUUGUACAAUGUCUCUGAAUAACAAUCACCUGAAGAUUUUAUUUAUAAUCGGAACAAAAUUUCUGAAUAAACCAUAUGCUCAAUCCAUUAAAAAGAUAUUGAAUGGUUUUUCUGAGUCAGGAAACACAAUUAGAUAGCAGCUCUGAAAAGGAUAGUAUAUAC